AUGGAAGUGAAUGAGACGCAGGCUGCACGUGAGCGGGAACAGCGCGUGAAGUGCGUGGAGGAGAUACUUUUGCGCAUCGCCUCCCAUGAAGGCGUGGUGGGGUAUCUUGUGUUGAAUCCCGUCGAUGGAAGCCUCUUAAAAUACUCCGGUUUUGAUGGGGACGAGAGAAAAAUGCGAAAGUAUGGGGAUAAAAUCAACGGAUUUACAAGCUUGGCGUACUCGACGGUUCGAACUAUCGACUGCAAGGAUGAGCUCACCUUCCUUCGUCUGAGUGUUGGUCUGACAGACAUUCUGGUUGCACCGGAUGUAGAAAAAGAGUAUGUAUUGGUUGUGGUACAAGAGAUCAAGCGAUGA